CGCCCUACCCGCGUGCGGCGAUCAUGCUGCUGCUGCUCCGUUCCCUCGCCGCGCGCCGCCCGCUUCGCGCUGCCGUCCUUCCCGGGCAGGGUUCGCGGAGAGGCUGCCACGCCUCGGAGCGGAGCGGCCGGCGGCUGCUGCUCACCACGCCCAUCUUCUACGCGAACGGCCCGCCGCACAUCGGGCACCUGUACUCUGCGCUGCUGGCUGAUGCGCUGCACCGGCACCGGGAGCUGCAGGGCCGCGGAAGAGGGCGCUUUACCACGGGAACUGAUGAGCAUGGUCUGAAGAUCCAGAUGACAGCAGCAGCUGCAGGCAGUUCCCCUGAACCGUUCUGUAACCAUAUGUCAACUAAAUUCCAGGAACUCUUCACCCAGGCGGGCAUCUCUUAUACAGACUUCAUCCGUACUACAGAACCUCGGCACAAACGGGCUGUGGAGCACUUCUGGGCAGCUCUGCAGGACCGGGGCUGGCUCUACCAGGCCCACUAUGAAGGCUGGUACUGUACUGCUGAAGAAACCUUCUUGGCUGCUUCCCAGGUCACUGAGCAUCCUGAUGCACAAGGCCACAGGCACAUGGUCUCACUUGAGAGUGGCCACCAGGUGCACUGGACCAAAGAGGAGAACUUCAUGUUCAAACUGUCCGAGUUCCGGGAACCGUUGCUGAGAUGGCUCCUGGAAAGCAAGGCAGCCAUAACACCUGAGCCUUUCCACCAGCAGGUGCUCCAUUGGCUGGAGCAGGACUUGCCUGACCUCUCUGUGUCACGUGACCGAAAGCGGCUGCAGUGGGGCAUCCCUGUCCCCCACAACUCGACACAGACCAUUUAUGUCUGGGUUGAUGCCCUGGUGAACUACCUGACCGUUGUGGGUUAUCCCGACACACACCACACCUGGUGGCCCAGUGCAACGCACAUUGUGGGCAAAGAUAUCCUCAAGUUCCACGCCAUCUACUGGCCUGCCCUGCUCAUGGCAGUGGGGCUGGAGCCUCCAGAGAAAAUAUUCGUGCACUCCCACUGGACGGUGCAAGGGCAGAAGAUGUCGAAAACUCUGGGAAAUGUGGUAGACCCUCAGGCCUGUUUCCAGCGGUACUCAGUGGAUGGCUUUCGGUACUUCCUGCUGAGACAGGGUGUCCCUGAGCGAGACUGCGACUACUAUGAUGAGAAGGCUGUCAACUUGGUCAAUUCAGAGUUGGCUGAUGCCUUGGGGGGUCUUCUUAACCGGUGCACGGCCCCCAGCCUCAACCCCAGCGGAAGCUACCCAGGCUUUUCAGAGGCAUGUUUUCCUCGGGUCAUGGAUGCUCAUAAUAGGAGAGGCAAAGCCUUGGCUGAGGACUACAAACUUGUGUCCUCAGUGAAAGACCUGCCUGCUCAUGUGAGCGACUGCUUCGAACGCUUUCAGAUCUACAAAGCUUUAGAAUCGAUCCUGGACUGCGUGAGGCAGACGAAUGGCUUCCUUCAGAGGCACGCGCCUUGGAAACUAUGCCGUGAAGAUCCUGAGCAGCAGCAGUGGCAAGACACCAUCCUGCACGUCACUCUGGAAUGCCUUCGGAUUUAUGGGAGCCUCCUGCAACCAAUGAUCCCAAACACUGCUGAUAAAAUCCUCACCAGGCUGGGUGUUAGCCCCACGGAAAGGUCUCUAAGCAACUUGAGCUUCCUUCCUCGGUACUAUGGCGAAAGGUCCCCCUUUGAAGGCAGGAGACUUGGGCCAGAUGCUGGGCUCCUAUUUCCAAAGCUGGAGAAAUCCAAGUGAACCCAACUUCCAAAGCUGGAAAAAUCAACAGAUGCUGCAGAAGAUCACUCACAAGUAGUCUCUUUUUAUGCUUUCAGAAGGAGAAAAAAGAUGGCAGCUUGUGCCUUAUGGUUACAUUUUAGUAAACGGUUGCUGGCA